AUGAAUAGGAUUCCUACGGUGGAGGCGCUUGAAAAAAGAGGUAUGGUUCUGAUUGACGAUAGGUGUAAAUUCUGCAAUGAAGGCCUGGAUUCGGUGGCCCACAUUUUUACGGUUUGUCCUCUAGCUUUGGGUUUGUGGGAGAAGAUUAGUUUUUGGUGUAGGAUUCCGAAGUUUUUCAUUUUUUCGUUUAGAGACUUGGUCGAGAUUCAUAAGUUCGGAGCCAGAAGGUCGGUGGAGCGGAAAGCCAUCCAUGGUAUCGUUCUCUCCGCGUGUUGGGUGCUUUGGAAGGCUAGAAACAACUUGAGGUUUAAUGACAAAAGAAGUAGCAUUGAAGAAGUGUUUAGCGAGGUUAUGGUAGUUAGUUUCUUUUGGUUUAAACAUAGAGUUAAGAAAGGUAGUUUUGAUUGGGGAGAUUGGUGUAAAUUUGUAAAUAUGUAA